AGCACGCACGGGGAUGCUCCGCUUCCCGCAACUUCUGCGUUGAGCAACUUCCCUCCGCUCAGAGCGCCCUGGGCAGCGGCGCCGGGCGGAGCUGGGGCCGGGCAGCCAUGCAGCCUUCCCCCCGCAGGCGCUCGGCUGUCAGCAUCUUUAGCCAUUUCUUCCAGGGGCGGAGGCAUUCCUCCUCCGACCCCCUUCUCCGCCUCAGCCAGCGGCGCCGCAGCUCCGUGGUGGAGCUGCUCUCCUCGUCCACGCACCGGGUCAUGGUGGCUCUGUCGUCGCUCAGCCCCGAGGAGCUGGAUGCAACUUUUCCUGAAAAAAAAAGGAGCUCGGGGCGCCCGACGGCCAAGUACACCAAGGUGGGGGAGCGGCUGCGCCACGUCAUCCCCGGCCACGUGCAGUGCUCCAUGGCCUGCGGGGGCCGCGCCUGCAAGUACGAGAACCCCGCUCGCUGGGCCGACCACGAGCAGGCCAUCAAGGGGCUCUACUCCUCUUGGAUAACAGAUAACAUCCUGGCUAUGGCUCGACCCUCAACAGAAUUAAUUGAAAAGUACAACAUUAUUGAGCAGUUUGAAAGAUGCGGCAUAAAAACCAUAAUUAAUCUUCAGCGUCCUGGGGAACACGCAAGCUGUGGGAGCCCACUGGAGCAGGAGAGCGGCUUCACCUACCUUCCUGAAGCUUUUAUGGAGGCUGGAAUUUAUUUUUAUAAUUUUGGCUGGAAGGAUUAUGGAGUAGCAUCUCUCACGACUAUCCUUGACAUGGUAAAAGUGAUGACAUUCGCCCUGCAAGAGGGGAGGGUGGCUGUUCACUGCCACGCAGGACUCGGGAGGACAGGUGUUCUAAUAGCUUGCUACUUAGUUUUUGCCACAAGAAUGAGCGCUGACCAAGCAAUUCUCUUUGUCAGAGCAAAAAGGCCUAAUUCUAUCCAGACCAGGGGGCAGUUACUGUGUGUCAGGGAGUUYACUCAGUUCUUGGUCCCUCUGCGCAACGUCUUCGCAUGCUGUGAGCCCAAGGCACACGCAGUGACCCUGUCGCAGUACCUGACCCGCCAGAGGCAUCUGCUCCACGGCUAUGAGAGCCGGCACCUCAAACACGUGCCAAAACUAAUCCAUCUGGUUUGCAAGCUGCUGCUGGACCUAGCUGAAAACAGACAGGUGAUAGAGGCAGAGCUCCUGGACAUCCCAGACCUCUCAGCUGAGAUUGAGAAGACUGUGUCCCAGCUGGCAUCCACAGAACUGGACCGGGAGCUGGCCAGGCAGGACAGCGACACGUCGGACUCAUCCCACACCCACUCCUCCGCUUUCGAAGUCCAGGACUCUCACUUCUCCCUGGGAAAUGAAUGUGAUUCUYUUUGUAAAGGAAGGAAUGUCGAAUGCCUUCAGCCUCUUACUCAUCUGAGAAGGCGUCUAAGCUACAGUGAGUCAGAUCUAAGGAGAACUGAGUUUCUUUUCGAACAAGAUGACACUGCCUGGACGGUGCCUGCUCAGAUCUUACUGAACAACAAACUGAAGCAGAACAGUGGGGAGGAAAGUUCUGCCACAGAUGAAGCAAAGCCACAGCUGGAGUUAAACAAAGACGCAUUAGUGCGUAACACGUGCAUGUUCUGGAGUCAAGGGAAAUUUAAUUUGGGUGGGCGAAGGGGCGGAUCCUCACAUUAUCACAGAAGGAACUCUACCAAAGAAGUACAACGCAGCAGGACCUUUUCUUCAGGUCUUUCAUCCAUCAACAAUCCCAAGGAGCCCAGGAUGCCGAGGUAUAACUUUGCCAGUGAGACUGGUCAUAGGAAGGACCACAAGACCAAUAUAUAUGGCAGAAGAGUCUAUCUCUCUGACGACUCUGAUUCUUCUUCUUCUUCCAAAGUGAACUUUUCCAUUGGAGAUGAAAGCCAAAGUAGCAGAGAUGUGUCAGAGACAAUUCCACACAUUGUUGUACAGUCAGAAUUAACUUUGGAAGCCCGAAGAAUUUUGGCAGCCAAAGCACUUGCAGAUAUAAACGAAUUUCUGGGAGAGGAUGAAGUGAAACAGAAGGUAGAAAUGUGGCAGAAAGAACUGAAUUCUCGAGAUGGAGCUUGGGAUAAAAUCUGCGCCGAGAGAGAUCCUUUUAUCCUCUGCAGCUUGAUGUGGUCAUGGCUAGAGCAGCUGAAAGAACCUGUUCUAUCCAAAGAUGAUAUUGACAUGCUGGCAAAAAAUUGCACAGAAUCCCAGGAUGCACUCUACUUGCUGAGAAAGGAACAGUGUCAGACUAUCCUUUGUAUUUUACACUGUGUGGUGAACUUGCAAACACUGCCAGCUGAUGUGGAGGAGGCCUUACUUGCUCGUGCUAUUAAAGCUUUCACCAAGAUAAGCUUCGAUUCUGAGAAUGGACCGUAUGUUUACAAUACCUUGAAAACUGUAUUUAAACAAGCGCUGGAAGAAAAAAGGAAAAGGAUUAAAGAAGGAACAGAGAAUCCUUCUUGAUUUCUACAAAGCUCUGCUGAAGCAUUAGAUGGGCCUACCAAAUUAUUUUGCAUUUUCCAGCUACUGUAUUUUGUGCUACCUGGCAUGAUCUACCUAACUUUAGGUAAUAGAAUUUAUUAACAAAUAAUUUUAUUUUUUUAGAGGGAGUUUUAGUGGCAAUAGUUCAGUCUACAUAGCUUUAAAGAACAGCUCCAUGUGACUCUCCAGCAUUUGGUUUCAGGUACUGUGCUUUUAUAUUGUAAAGGGUUCUCCUGUUCUCAGAUGUGUUUAUUGCUUUAGAAACCUCUGUCAUUGGCAGGAAACAUUAUUUUCAAGUUACAUGAUUGCCAUAAAUUCAGUGCCACGAUCCAUAAAGUUUUAAUGGAUUGACKUCAUAUUUAUGUAUUAUAUAUGUUUACAUUAAUGAUAUUUGAUUUUACUUUGCAGAAAAUAAAUACUGGCUGAACCUAUGAACCUGCUUUUUCUUUCAGAAAUUUUGAAAUAUGA